CUGAAAGUUACAAGGUUGAAAAACAGUAUGUUUUGCUUACUGUUGCAAUUCUUCUCUCUUGCAGGGCACCAGAAGCGUCCGCAACACGCAGGAGCCGAGCAUGGCCAUGGCUGAGGAGGUGAUUGAGAUGCUAGCCCUGGGACGCCCCUUCCAGCUGAGCAUGCUGUACGACUGUCGCAAGGAUGUGGUCAUCCCAGGAGUCACCCUUUGGGACUACAGCUCUCUUCAGAAGGACCUGACCAUCAAGCCUCAGCCCAAAACCGAAUCUGAACUCCUUGCAUCCGACACCAUCGAUGACAAGCUCAAUGCCCUGGACAUCUCAGGAUCCCUCAAGGCCAGUUUCCAUGGAGGGAUGAUUGAAGUGGGAGGGUCAGCCAAGUAUCUUCAGGACACCAAGAAGUCCAAGCAACAGGCCAGAGUCAGCGUUAAGUACAAAACACCACCAAGUACGAACAGCUGACCUUGAGGCACCUCGGAAUCCAAAAUAUUUCUUACCUAGGGAUAUUUGAGCAGGGCAUGACCACCCAUGUAGUCACUGCCAUCCUCUACGGAGCCCAGGCUUUCAUGUCUUUGACCGAGAAAUUUCUUCAAAAGAGACAGUGAAAACUAUCAAAGCCUUACAUGGAAAACUCCAGGCUACAAUCAAGAAGAUCCUAUCACUUGCAGGACAAGCACAGGUCAAGAUAAAUGAGGAGGAGAAAGAGAAAUUCAGUUGCAAGUUCCAUGGAGACUUUUCUCUGGACAGAAAUCCGGUCACCGUCAAAGACGCGAUUCAAGUUUACGCCACUUUACCAAAAAUGUUAGGAGAAGGCUGUGCCUGUGUGGGUCUGGGUCCACCCGCUGACCAAACUGGACACCAGAGCAACUAAAAUGGUCCCUGAGAUUAGCCUAGUGUUGAUCUUUGAUGUUAAAAAGAUCUUGGAGGAACUCAACAAAAUCCAGAUGCAAAGCAAUGAUCUGGCCAAUAGUCCCAUUGCUGAGACCUUCCCUGAGAUCAAGAACAAGAUCCAGAACUUCAAGGAUCUGUGCAGGCAACACAAGGAGACUUUCCAGAAACAGCUGGCCAGAGUGUUGCCUUCCUUCCAGGGAGGAGGGCAGGAGGAAGGAACCCUGGUGGACCUCUUAAUGUCCCUCAACCAGUCACCCUUCAACAGGCAAAGAUUCCAUGAAUUUCUGGACAGCAAAAAAAAGAGAAAUGAACUUUGUCAAAUCUUAUCUGUCUAUUCUAGAUGAUAUGGAAGUGAUCUCAUCUCAGAACAUGCUGGAAAAAAUCAUUCUUGACCCACCAAAUGGAUACGUAGUCUCCUUUAUAUUCACUUCUUUGCAUGAAGAGGAGCCAUUUCUGUUGACCUUAAGAGACUGGCUUCAGGGGCAAUUCUUGCCAGGGUCAACUAAGUCCAUCAGACCCACUACUCAGAUGAAGAAAGGCAAGGCCUGGUUUGAAGACCAGGAGAGAACCCACAAAGCUCGCCAAGCUGCCAAAUCCAUCAAAGACUUUCUCAGCGUCAAUCAAUCCAAUGAGAAGGUCCACUUUGCCGUAGUCUCACUUCCAGAUGUGGACAACCCAGGAGCCUCAAUAUACCUCUAUGAAGAUGAAGAGCUGGUCAGCAAGAACUCUGAGUUGCCCUCAAAACCUCUCCCUCUCCUGAUCAGUGAACUGAGUAUUCAGCUGAAGUUUCAGCCAGCUGAACAUGGAAGGGCUACAAUCUCCAGCUAUCUGUUAGAGUACAAGGUUGCAGGGGAAGAAAACUGGAAGACUGUGAGGACAGAGGACUCUGGGGAGAUGUUCCUGCUGAAAGAUCUGCCUCCAAACACAGAGUACCAGUUCCAGUAUGCUGCUUGUUGCAAGCCAGGCCUUAGUAACGUAAUUACAAAAGGUCAC